AGACAGGGCGCGGGCGGGCGGGGCCUCAGGCGGCCGGACGGCGCGGGGUGCACGCGGUGCUGAAAAGCUUGCACCGGAAAAAAAAAACGCCUUGGACAGGAGCUGGAGGCGAAUUCCCGGAGGGAGAGCGAAGUGGCGUUGCCGUGGACGGCGCGUCAAAAUCACCAUCCUCAAAGGGGGUCAGAAGAAAACCGAAAGGUACAAGCAUGAGCUCUCAGAGGUCCGCGUGGAUCUGUUGGGUCGGCGCUGCGGCGUCCCCGCUCCGCCUCCACAAAAUGCGGGCUGCCCAGCUUUGAAAAUUCGGCCGGGCGAAAAUACGGCCACGUCCGUGAUGGCCCUGGCCCGCUGUGGGAACGAAAAUGCGCUAUAUAUUGGCUCUGGGCGCCGCGGCGCGCACUGCCAUGCUGGCGAAGAAUUAGCCAAGCGAUUUCUGGCGGCAUCGACGAGGCCCGGACCGGCGACGCGCCCCGCCCCGCUCGGGCCCACCAGUGGCGAUGACGGCGGCGGCGAGGGCGCCAAGGACGACGACCAGUGACGACCCCGAGGGGUGGAGUGAGACGGGGCACGCCGCUUCGGAAGGCGGCGGUGUCUCUCUCGGCCUUCCGAGAGGCCCCGUGCGCCUUCUUCGAAGCCACCCGCGGCUUCUCAGAGGGCGCGAGGGCUCCGAAAAACCCCGCGGCUCUCUGAGAAGGUCUGCCUACAUCGGCUUCUCCUCCAUUGAGACGGCGCCGAGGCAGCAUGCGGAUCGCGGCAGCGAGCGCAAGCUCGCCGCGCAAUGACGGGGGCUACGCGCGAACCGCGCCACGGAGGCCUCAUCACUUGCCCUUCUCCAGGUACCU